CACUUCAUUUUUCGAAAAAAAAAGGUAUGAUUUUUUUUAAUUUUCAUUUGGUUAAAAAUUUGGCGUCCAAUGCAGGAUGAUUUUGAUUGUGUUGAUCUGUACAAGCAACCUGCUUUUCAACAUCCUUUACUGAAAAAUCACAAAAUUCAGCUUUUUCCAACUUUUACGAUGAGUACCAUGCAACUUGGUAGAGAUAAUAAAGAUAAGCAUUCCAGAAAAAGAUGUCCAAUGGGAAAAGUGCCUAUUUUCAAGACCAAUAUCAGGGAGCAGAAGAUUAAUAUGUCUACUUCAAAAUCACAACUUGAUGGGUUAAAUCAAUAUUCUCAAAGUCGCCCUAGGCAUCAUUUUGCUACCCUUAGCACAACCCAAAAUAUGAUGUUUCAUGGAGCAAGUGCACAAGCUGCCGUGUAUAACUUAUCGCUUCAAGCAAACCAAUAUAGCUUAUCUCAAAUUUGGAUUCAGGGUGGUCCACCUACUGAUCUUAAUAGUAUACAAGUUGGAUGUGGUGUUCAUCCUAACUUAUUUGGGGACAGUCAAGUGCGUUUGAUCGCCUAUUGGACAGCAGAUGGCUUUAGAAAAACUGGAUGUUUUAAUCAUCAAUGCCCAGGUUUUGUGCAAGUCCAUCGAGAAUUUACCUUUGGAGAAAUCAUUGGUCCUCCCUCUAUCAUCGGAUCGGAUCAUAAAAGUUUAUAUCCUUUCAAAGUCAAACAAGAUCAAUCCACAGGACAUUGGUGGUUAAUUGCUGGUAAGGGUUCAUGGGCAGUUGGUUAUUGGCCCAACCAAUUACUUACUCACUUAAGUCAUGGCUCAUCUGUGAUAAGAUACGGUGGUGAAACAUAUGCUUCGCCCAAUGUGAUGAGUCCCCCAAUGGGUAGUGGGAGGUUACCUCGGGAGUUAUAUAAAAAUUCCGCUUUCAUGUCAAAUCUGGAGAUCAUAGAUUCAAACUACAAUGAAGUUAGAGUAAAUCCUAAAUAUAUGAAGUCAAAUUGCGAUACUACACCUAAUUGUUAUGACGUGCAGUACCAUGGAUAUGAAGGAAUUGUUUUUGCGCAAGCUUUUCUCUAUGGUGGACCAGGUGGACAAUGUGGUAUAUGAUUAUAUCAACAACUUUAUUUAAUAAAAUUUUGUUCAUUAUCGAUAAAGA